CAGGCCAUGGACCCCGCCGCGAGCUUCUAUGAGGAGGAAGGCAAGGACCUGGACUUCUACGACUUUGAGCCGCUCCCCACUCUGCCGGAGGACGAGGGGGUCUAUACAGGUGACCUCUUCAGGAGCCCAGGCCAACUGGACGCAUCCGAGCAUGUCCCCCUCCUUGGAAGUGUCUACUGUGGCCCACUGAGCCUCAUGGAACCCACUCUAGGGCCCUGCAGCUGGGCUAAGCAUAUUUCACUUGGAGCCUAGACCUGCCUGGCAACCAGGCUGAGAGCUGCCCCUUCUAGAGGAGAACGUGUCUCUGGCUGACAUCCUCUCCCUGCGGGACAGCGGCCUCAGCGAGCAGGAGGCCUGGGCUGUGUGCCUGGAGUGCAGCCUGUCCAUGCGGAGCGUCGCCCACGCGGCCAUCUUCCAGACGCUGUGCAUCACGCCCGACACGCUGGCCUUCAAUACCAGUGGGAACGUGUGCUUCAUGGAGCAGCUCAGCGAUGACCCCGAGGGUGCCUUUGUCCCCCCAGAGUUCGACCUGACUGGGAACACCUUUGAGGCUCACAUCUACUCUCUGGGGGCCACACUGAAGGCUGCCCUGGAGUACGUGGCGGAGUCCGAGCUGGAACCCAAGCUGAGCCCAGACCUGGAGGCGCUACUGAGCCAGAUGCAGGCAGAGGACCCCAGGGACCGGCCUGACCUGGAGAGCAUCAUAGCACUGUGCGAGGAGAAGGUGCAACCCGGGUCCUCCUGCCGCCUAUGCCGGAGCCUCUCAGCUGUCGGGAGGAGGGUGCUCUCCAUUGAGUCCUUUGGAGCGUUCCAGGACGUCGGGGAGAACACUUGGAAGGGAAGACCUGCCUCGAGAAGCUCGGGCCCCAGGAGGCCUCCCGGGGACUCCAGCACUGGCCCAGAGGCCCUGCCCACGCCGGAGAGCCUUCCCCAGCCCACCACACAUGAAGACCCAGAGCAGGAGGCCAUCCGGGGCCCCAGACCCCCGCCCACCAGGCCACUGCUAUCAGCCCCCAUGAAAAAUGGAGAGAACCCUGGCCGGGAAGGACUGGCCAGCCUCGUCCUGGACAGCAAAUGUCCCCUCCACGAGCUGGACAAAGAUUUCCUCAGGCGGAGCCUGAGGAAAGUGCAGACAUUCCCAAGGCUGCUGCCGAAGGGCCCCGAGGCCAGUGCCCUCUGCUUCUCACUGAGCAGCCCCAGGAACCAUCUGAGCGUCUCUGAACUCUUCCCCCCGGACCCCAAGGUCUUUCUGGAAGGGAAAAAUGGCCUCCCUAGCUUCAAGGCACAGCCCCAAAGCAGACUGUGGUCAGAGCAGGAGCCCAGGCUCCAGCUGGAAGGCGCACCGGGUGCAGGCCUCAGAGCGGACCGGGGGCUGAGGGCCUCAGGACAACAAGAGACCCCACUCCCUGGCCAGGAACCUGCGGAGGAAAGCCCCCGACCCUGUCCCACAGAACCCGGAGAUGCAGGCCGUGAAGCCCAGACUCCAGGGGACGUCGAGGGGAUUCCCAGAGGAGCCAGGCAGCCGGAAAAGGCAGCCACAGAGCAGUGUCCAGGUGUGCCCAGAAGCAGCAUCGGGAUCGCCCGGCCGUGCCCUCGCCACUCUGGCUCUCUCGCGGGCGCUGUGCGUGGAGUGGAGGUGGCUCUCACCUGUCGUCUCGUGGAAGUGCUUCCCCAAGGCGGCCUCACAGGACAACUCUGCCCCCCACAGAGCCUGUCCCUGCAAGACCUCCUGUGCCAGCUGGGCCGGCCCUUCCGGGAGUAUGAGCUUUGGGCCCUGUGCCUCGCCUGCCUCCGAGCCCUGCAGAGCCACAGCCAGCACCCAGCCUGCCUGUGCCUGGACAACGUGUUGGUGGCCGAGGACGGGGCUGUGCUCUUUGGGCCACCCCCUGACAAUGGCUCUUACAACUCGCUCUUCCUGGCUCCCGAGGUGGCAGAGGAAAGGCUGGUGACAGAGAAGGCUUCUGUGUACUGCGUGGCCGCCGUUCUAUGGACCGCAGCCAAGUUCAGCAUGCCCCGUGAGCAGAAGCUGGCCUUGCCACGCAGACUCAAGACCCUCCUACUGGACAUGGCAAGGCGCCACGCCCCUGAGCGGCCAUCUGUGGCUGAGGCCAUUAAGGUGUGUGGCAGCUACCUCCUCCAGCGAGGCAUGGACAGCAGCAAGAUCCUCGCCCACCUGCGGGUGUCCACCUGCAAGGUCCACCAGGAGGAAGAGACCAUCAGCCUCCAAGACGCCUUCUCUGUGGUUGAACUGAAGCCCCGAGCAGCACCUGCUCCUCAGCCCCGAGCAGCACCUGCUCCUCAGCCCAGCCCAGGCUUUCUGCCAAUCAGCAGCGACACCAGGCUGGUGGCUGUGCCAGGGCCUGUGCCUCACCCGCCCUCCAGCGAAGGAGCCAGAGAGCUGCCUGAGGCCUUCAGCUCUGAAGCCACACACUUUAAACCCAUCGUCCUCAUGCAAGACUCAGGUGUGGCCAGGGACCAGCUUGCUGUGUCCUCAGGGCCAGCCAACCAGGCUGAGGAGAGGAGCAUCCAGCUGGACACAGAGGGCAAGGGGAAGCAGGUAGCCCAGAAUUUCUCGGGGGCCACCAGCCUGGAAACACCUUGCCACUCAGAGUGUGGUCCAGGGCCACAGGGAGCAGCCCCAGAGCCUGUUGGGGACCAGGAGAGCUCCUGCCAGUCAGGCCCUGACCCAACCAACCAGCCAGAGGAGGCCCCAUCAGCAGUGCCUGGGUCUCCGGGCCCUGCCCUGCCCCAGAAGGCGCUGGCACUGCCCCCCAACCAAGGGCCUGAUGGGCAGGCCCUGGCUGGAGUCAUUUGGCCCCCAGGGCCCUCCUCAGCCAACCACAGCCCAUGUCAUCCAUGCAAGCCACCCAGGAGCAAGGCCACAGAGCCAGAGGGUCCCCAGCCGUCGACUCAGAGCCCCGCCCUGGCUGCACUGAGUCCAGACAGCCCCAGGGGCCCAGACAGACACCCCGAGAGGCCCCGGACAGCAGACCGCAAGAUCUCUCCGUCCAGUGUGGAUGCGUCAUCCCCCUCCAAGAGGACGGCCUGCCCCUCACUGCAGGAAGCUAUGCGUCUUAUCCGCGAGGAGUUUGCCUUUGAUGGCUACCUGGACAACGGGCUGGAGGCUCUGAUCAUGGGGGAAUAUAUUCACGCCUUGAAAGACCUCACCUUCGCCACCUUCUGUGGAGCCAUAUCUGAGAAGUUCUGUGACCUCUACUGGGAUGAGCGGCUGCUGAAGAAUCUCUUCAAGGUGGUCAACCAGCCAGCCUCACCCUCCGAAAGCACUUCCCAGGAACCGGGGUCUCAGCCUGAGGGCUCGUCAGGCAGCUGUUCAACCUUCGGCAAAAGGCCCUCGCUCCACGGACUGGGCAAAGAGAAGGUGGUGGCAGCCCGGGGCAGCGGGGGCCCCUGCUCGCCCACCACGCAAUCGGACAGAGACUCGGACAUACUCUCACAAGGAAACUUUGAGGUGGGAUUCCGGCCUCAGAAGUCGAUAAAAGCUGCUCGAGAAGGGCAGCCUGAGGUGAACGGGCAGCAAGUCCCUGGCCCGGAGCCUGCCAGCAGGGCCUCAGACAUGGACACGGUGGCCCGGCUGGCCAGGCCCAAGGAGCGUGGCCCUGCUGGGUCUCUGGGCCCAGCAGAGUUCCGUAGCUGCAGCCCUGGCUGGUCCAGCGCCUUCUACGAGGCCGACUGCUUCGGGGCCGAUGUCCACAACUACGUGAAGGGUCUGGGCAUGCGGAAGGCCAGCGGGCACCCAGAGCCUGAAGCCGAGAGCCCUGAGCUGGAGCAGCAUCUCCUGAUAGAGAAGAGAAACUACCGGAAGACCUGGAAGUUCUACCAGAAGCUCUUGCAGAAGGAAAAGCGCAACAAAGGCUCCGAGGUGAAAACCAUGCUGUCCAAGCUGCGAGGGCAGCUGGAGGAGAUGAAGGCCAAGGUGCAGUUCCUCAGCCUGGUCAAGAAGUACCUGCAGGUCAUGUACGCAGAGCGCUGGGGCCUGGAGCCCUGCGCCCUGCCAGUGAUCGUGAACAUCGCGGCAGCCCCCUGCGACACACUGGACUUCAGCCCCCUGGACGCGUCCUCCUCCCUCAUCUUCUACAACGUCAACAAGCCCCCGCGUGGGGGCCGGCAGCAGAAGGCCCGCAUCCUGCAGGCUGGCACGCCACUGGGGCUCAUGGCCUACCUCUACUCCAGCGAUGCCUUCCUGGAGGGCUACGUCCAGCAGUUCCUGUACACCUUCCGGUACUUCUGCACACCACAGGACUUCCUGCACUUCCUCCUGGACCGCAUCAGCAGCACCCUGUCCAGGGCCCACGAGGACCCCACCUCGACCUUCACCAAGAUCUACAGGCGGAGCCUCUGCGUGCUGCAGGCCUGGGUGGAGGACUGCUACACCGUGGACUUCACCAGGAAUGCAGGGCUGCUGGGGCGGCUGGAGGACUUCAUCUCCUCUAAGAUCCUGCCCCUGGACGGUUCUGCUGAGCACCUGCUGGGCCUCCUAGAAGUGGGCACUGACCGGCGGGCUGACGGUUCCCCUCGCAGCACAGACCUAGAGGAUCCCAAGGAGGCUGAGGAGGACACCAGACCCUUCAAUGCCCUCUGCAAGAGGUUCUCAGAGGAUGGCAUCUCCAGGAAGAGCUUCUCCUGGAGACUGCCCCGGGGCAACGGGCUGACCCUGCCACACCACAGGGAGCGCCAGUACACCAUUGCGUCUGCCUUGCCCAAGCCCUGCUUCUUCGAGGACUUCUACGGCCCCUACACCAAAGCUAGCGGGAAGGGGUCCUACUUCCUGACAGAGUACAGCACGCACCAGCUCUUCACUCAGCUGACGCUGCUGCAACAGGAACUGUUUCAAAAGUGCCACCCCGUCCACUUCCUGAACUCACGGGCCCUGGGUGUCAUGGACACAAGUGGAACCAUCCCCAAAGCCAGCUCUUCCGAGUCUCUGUCUGCCCAAACCUGCAGCCUGUUUCUGCCCAGUUACAUCCAGGACAAGUACCUGCUACAGCUUUUAAGAAACGCAGACGACGUCAGCACCUGGGUGGCUGCCGAGAUCGUGACCAGCCACACCUCCAAGCUGCAGGUGAACGUGCUGUCCAAGUUUCUACUGGUGGCCAAGUCUUGCUAUGAGCAGAGGAACUUCGCCACAGCUAUGCAGAUCCUGGGUGGGCUAGAGAACCUGGCUGUGAGGCAGUCUCCUGCCUGGAGAAUGCUGCCUGCCAAGAUCGCAGAGGUCCUGGAGGAGCUGAAAGCCGUGGAGGUGUUCCUGAAGAGCGACAGCCUGUGUCUGAUGGAAGGUCGGCGCUUUCGAGCCCAGCCCACCCUGCCCUCAGCCCGCCUCCUGGCCAUGCACAUUCAGCAGCUGGAGACAGGGGGCUUCACCAUGACCAAUGGAGCCCACAGGUGGAGCAAGCUCAGGAACAUAGCCAAGGUGGUGAGCCAGGUCCACGCAUUCCAGGAGAACCCCUACACGUUCAGCCCCGACCCCAAGCUGCAGUCUCACCUCAAGCAGAGGAUCGCCCGCUUCAGCGGGGCCGACAUUGCCAUCCUGGCAGCAGACAACAGGGCCAAGCUGCACCAGGUCCCGAGCGAGAAGCACUCUCGGAAGAUCCAGGACAAGCUGCGGAGAAUGAAGGCCACGUUCCAGUAGCUCAGGACCUGGUCGGUGGGGGUCCAAGCGGGACCAGCUGGGGGAGGCAGCUGCAUUCCCAGAACCCCGCAGAACCUGGACUUCCACCAGGUCCGGAUCUGAAGGUGGAGCUCAGAGGAGCUUGCCCAAGGCCCUGCCACAGGGCGCACAGAGCUGCUCCAGCCUGACCCAGCAGCAGAGGCGGCAGCUCCAGGACACUGCACAGGGUGGGCAUAGCAUUUAUUAGCCCAUUUCUGCUGCAACUUGAAAUGAAACUAGAAUAAGUAGACUUCCUUCAGUUUCGUAUUUACAAUAUCUCCAUAAACAAAUGUCUCUCUAUUCUUUGGUGACUCCUGCCCAAAACAACCCAAAACCCAUCCAUCCCUGACCCCACAGAUUCCAGACCCAGCUGCUCACUGAACAGUGUUGCCACACCUGUCCAGAAGCAAAGGACCAAAACUGAUCCCUGCACCAGCAGCUCCCAGGCUUCUGACUGGGCCCUGCUGGGAUCAUGCUCCCACCACCCACCCACCUGGCCUUCCACGGGCACCCCACUGUGCCAGCAUGUGGGGGAAGGAGUUCUAUCCCAGCCAGCCAUCCUGCUGUGGCCGCUGCUCCUCCCCAUGCCUGGUGCCCCAGCUGGGAACAGCUACCCUAAGGGACAUGCCCAGGCGAAGGCUUCAGCCCUGGAACAGGGUGUGAGGCACUAACAGCAGCUCCAGAGCAGGGAGGCCACCUGAGCUGAAGGCGCCUAUGCACACCUCACAGCCAGUGCGGCAGGGCUACCCAUGCCUUCAGCUGCCAAGCAUGUGCACUCCUGACCACCGCGUCCCUCUGCUUGGCACCAGCACUAGCGCUUUGUCAGACACGGACAUGAGGCUUGCUGCCCAGUGGUACCAAGCCCUUCCCUGAAUUUGUGGUCUAGACAGUCUGUAUUGAGCACUGGCUCAGCGAGUGGAGAGCCCCUCUAGCCGGGGGGCCUGGGAACCUGUGGAGUGCAGUGGGUCAGGGAGACUCACCUGCUAGACACAUGGGCCAUCCCAGGAGCCUCCUGCUGUGAGACCCAAGACUGUGUGUUAGAGGAGGUGGCCCCAGUGAGCCACUAGUGACGUUUCAGGGGCAGCUGCGUGCUGUACUGUCAAUGCUGAGGUUUUCCCCACAUGAACCCACUGGGACCAAGCCCUGCUUCCGCGUGUGUGAGGGACUCACUGUGAGGACCCUGGUGUCCUGCUGAUGAGCGCCGUCUUCAGAUUUUGUCUGUGCCCAGCGCAGCAGCAGCCCAACUGUCUCUGGGGAAGCAGCGGGCUUCCGGCUUCAGCACUGUUUGCAUGGCACCCUGAUGUCACGCGGUACAGAUUUCUGAAUAAAGUCAUUUCUACCAAGCCA